ACACUAAACAGUAGCAACCAACUAGCAAGCUGUUCUUUCUUUAUAAAGUAUUAUAAAAUCCUUCUCAGAAAGAGAGAACGAGUGCCAUGUGAAAUGUGAAUGUUUUGGUUUUUAGUUUUUAUACUCAGUAUACCAACAAGGAACAACAUAAGAUUUGCAGGAUAGUUAUUUAAUACAACAGGAAUGACUGAAGAAGAAACAGCUAUAAGGGUUUCUGAGGCUGUUUAUUUGGAAGAAUUGUCAAGGACUCAGCAGAAGAAGAUUGAUGUUUCAUUAGAGAGGAGAAAGUCCUUAAGAUCGCGCUAUUACUAUGGAGUUAUAUUCUUGAUCACCAAUUUUGUUGCGUGGUUUAUUCGUGAUUACAUUCAAAGGGUCAUCCCUGAAAAACAUUUUAUGAGAACUUGUGGAAUUGGAGGUCAUGACUGCAUUCACACAAAUGGAGUUCUUCGGAUCAGCUUUGGAUGCUUUAUAUUUUUCCUUUUUAUGUUUCUCACAACAUUGAAAACUAGCAAGCUACAGGAAGUUCGUAAUGCUUGGCAUUCUGGUUGGUGGCCAGCAAAAUGUGUUCUGUUAGUUUUAUCAAUGACGUCUCCUUUCUUUUUAUCUUCAGAAUACGUUCACUUUUAUGGUGAGUUUGCCCGUAUAGGAGCAGGGAUUUUUCUUGCUCUUCAACUUAUUAGCGUGAUUCAAUUUAUAGCAUGGUGGAAUAACUACUGGAUGCCUGAUGUGAAAAGGAAGCAAAGCUGCUCUGUUGGAUUGUUUAUGUCAACAAUUUUUUAUAUAGCUUCUGUAUGUGGAGUUGGUAUCCUAUAUCUACUGUAUGUUCCAAGAUCCUCCUGCACUCUCAACAUAUUUUUUAUCACGUGGACAGCAGUUUUGCUUAUCGUAUUGAUGCUUAUCUCAUUGCAUUCAAAGGUCAACAGAGGUCUUUUAUCUUCAGGAAUCAUGGCUUCUUAUAUUGUCUUCCUAUGUUGGUCUGCUAUCCGAAGUGAGCCUGCUGGGGAAAGGUGCAGCCCACAGAAGCAAGUGAAUGGACAUCACGAUUGGAUGACUGUAUUUAGCUUCUUCAUUGGAAUUUGUGCAAUAGUGAUGGCAACUUUCUCAACAGGGAUUGAUUCUGAGUCAUUUCAGUUCCGCAAAGAUGAAGUUCAGGAAGAAGAUGAUAUUCCAUAUAAGUAUGGGUUCUUCCAUCUGGUUUUUUCCUUGGGAGCCAUGUAUUUUGCAAUGUUAUUCAUAAAUUGGGACCUCAACAGCUCUACCAGAAAAUGGAGUAUCGAUGUGGGAUGGGCAAGCACCUGGGUGAAAAUCAUUAACGAGUGGUUUGCAGCCACCAUAUAUAUGUGGAAGUUAAUAUCCCCUGUUGUAAGACGAGCCAAGAUCAUGGAUGAAGGAGCUGUGCAGCCUCAGACCUUCACAGCUUCACCUUAGUACGAAGAGAGAGAAUCCAUUUUGAUGUCUCCUUUAUCUUUCUUGGGAUGCCUUAUUAGCUUCACGGAUUCUGACUUGUGAGUGCAUGCAACUGAAGCACUGUAAAGAAAUGCAGGGAGCAAUCACCAUUAGUAGCGAGAGUACCAAUUGAUAAUUUGAUAUGUAUCCAUUCUUUGUUCUUAUUCUUUUGUCAGCCUUAUUCAUCGGCUUGUAUGAUUGUUUGUUGUAUUGAAAUGAGUAUGAUGAUCGAUGUACGCCAAAAUAGCUGCUAUCAAAUGAAAUAGUACAGGCUAUAUAAGUUUUCUUUUGUCCA